AUGAUCGAUCUUGUUGAGAAGGGAUUCAUCUUAGCUCUUGGUCCAGUGGGGCCAUUCCCGCAUGAAGACCCCGCAUCGCGUGCUAUCGUUCAGGAUUGUCUUCAUCUUCAAGGCGACCAGGCUCAAAUUCAUCGAUGA